CUCCUCCCCCAGCGGCCGGUGCGAGGAUGGCCCGGAGACCCCGGCACAGUAUAUAUAGUAGUGAUGAUGAUGAAGAAGAUGUUGAGAUGUAUGAUCACGAUUAUGAUGGUCUGCUUCCUAAGACUGGAAAACGUCACUUAGGAAAAACCAGGUGGACCCGCGAAGAGGAUGAGAAACUGAAGAAGCUUGUGGAGCAGAAUGGCACAGAAGACUGGAAAGUCAUUGCCAGUUUCCUUCCUAAUCGGACAGAUGUUCAGUGCCAGCACCGAUGGCAGAAGGUACUAAACCCAGAACUUAUUAAAGGUCCGUGGACUAAAGAGGAGGAUCAAAGGGUAAUAGAACUUGUGCAGAAGUACGGUCCAAAGCGCUGGUCUGUCAUUGCUAAGCAUUUGAAGGGAAGGAUUGGAAAACAGUGCAGGGAGCGGUGGCACAACCAUUUGAAUCCAGAAGUGAAGAAAACCUCCUGGACAGAAGAGGAAGAUAGAAUUAUUUACCAGGCACACAAGAGGCUGGGAAACAGAUGGGCAGAAAUUGCAAAGUUGCUGCCUGGACGAACUGAUAAUGCUAUCAAGAACCACUGGAAUUCCACCAUGCGCCGAAAGGUUGAGCAGGAGGGCUACCUGCAGGAGUCCUCCAAAGCCUGUCACUCCUCAGCAGCCGUUGGCUUUCAGAAGAGCAACCACUUGAUGGCCUUUGCUCACAACCCACCUUCUGCACAGCUGCCAGUAGCCGGCCAGCCCCCGCUGAGCAGUGACUACCCCUACUACCACAUCUCUGAGCCACAAAAUGUCCCUGGUCAGAUCCCAUAUCCAGUAGCACUGCAUGUAAAUAUUGUCAAUGUUCCUCAGCCAGCUGCUGCAGCUAUUCAGAGACACUAUAAUGAUGAAGACCCUGAGAAAGAAAAACGAAUAAAGGAAUUAGAGUUGCUACUAAUGUCGACUGAGAAUGAACUGAAAGGGCAGCAGGCAUUACCAACACAGAACCACACAUCAAACUACCCUGGCUGGCACAGCACCACGAUUGCUGACAGUACCAGGACCAGUGGUGACAAUGCACCUGUUUCCUGUUUGGGGGAACAUCACCACUGUACUCCAUCUCCACCGGUGGAUCACGGUUGCUUACCUGAGGAAAGUGCAUCCCCUGCGCGGUGCAUGAUUGUUCACCAGAGCAACAUCCUGGAUAAUGUUAAGAAUCUCUUAGAAUUUGCAGAAACACUCCAGUUAAUAGACUCCGAUCCUUCAUCAUGGGGUGAUCUCAGCAGUUUUGAAUUCUUUGAAGACACAGACACUUCGGCUAGCAAAGCUCCCUCAGGCAAAGUCGCACAGCUUCAGCAAAGAGGGGCGAGUGCUUGUAGACCUCAAGGACACCCCAUCACAAACUUGCGCAAAAUCAUGUCGAGUCAGGGCUCUCCUGGCUCACCAAAGUCCUUAUCUGCCUCACAGGGCAGCGCGGCUCCGUGGGUCCUUCUUCGCAAAAGGAGAGGGCACUCCAGCCCCUUAGCCAGUGGCCACGGUAGCACCCUGGUCCUAGCUGACGUCAGCAGCUCAACUCCUCCUAAGCGCUCCCCUGUCAAAAGCCUGCCCUUCUCUCCCUCGCAGUUCUUAAACACCUCAUCCAAUCACGAAAACCUGAACCUGGACAACUCUGCGCUAACUUCCACACCGGUGUGUGGCCAUAAGAUGGCUGUUACCACGCCGUUCCACCGGGACCAGAAUUUCAAAGCUCAGAAGGAAAAUCAUGUUUUCAGAACUCCAGCAAUCAAGAGGUCGAUAUUAGAAAGCUCUCCAAGAACACCCACUCCAUUCAAAAGCGCACUUGCAGCUCAGGAAAUCAAAUAUGGUCCUUUGAAGAUGCUGCCUCAAACUCCGACUCAUCUUGUAGAAGAUCUGCAGGACGUUAUCAAACAGGAGUCGGAGGAAUCUGCAAUAGUGGCUGGGCUACAUGAAAGUGGACCCCCUUUGCUGAAGAAAAUCAAACAAGAGGUGGAGUCUCCAACAGAUAAAGCUGGAAAUUUUUUUUGCUCGAAUCACUGGGAAGGAGAAAACCUGAACACUCAGCUCUUUACACAUGCAUCUACUAUGGAAGAUGUGCCAAAUCUUCUUACCAGCUCCAUUUUAAAGAUGCCUGUGUCUGAAGAGGAUGGUAGUUUUCACAAAACAUUUGCAGUACCUAGGAACAGGCCACUAGCUAGUCCUCUGCAGCAUCUGAACAACGCCUGGGAGUCAGCGUCCUGCGGGAAGAUCGAGGAUCAGAUGGCCCUGACGGAUCAGGCGCGCAAGUACAUGGCCGCCUUCCCCACCCGGACUCUGGUGAUGUGAAAGGGUCGACGGACAGAGAAGCAUUAUGGUUUUGAGAACACUUCACCUCCACUGGGAAAUUCCUGUUCCUCUGCAUGAAAACUUUUCAUGAAUGGGAGAAGAGCCUAUCUUUGUUGUGGUACAACAGUUGGGAGCAGCACAAAGUGCAUUUAGUCACUCAGCAUAUAUAUUCUUGUUGGAUUUCACCCAACU